GGGGAUCAUUACAGACCACCUCCUGCCCAGUUCGUAGGUUUCCCAAACCUAAGAAAGCUUGCUCUCCACGUACUCGACACCACAAAUCAGGAUCUCGACAAUAUCUUGGGCAGUUGCUGUAAACUUGAGUGGCUGAGCAUAGUGAGAUGCCAUCUGAAGGAUGAACUGAAGGUGACUCGCCCAUUGUCCCACCUGCGUUAUCUGAGAGUCAUGCACUGCGAUAUAACCAAGAUAGACUUCCAUGCUGCAGAACUCUCCACCUUUGUUUAUAAAGGAUCAUUCAUACCUGUUUCCCUCCGUCAUGCUUCGAAACUUGAAAAGGCGAAAAUUUGGUUUUACGAUACAACUUUUCAGCAAGCUAUCACCUCACUUCUUGAUGGGCUUCCGGAUGUACGAAACCUAACAUUGCAGUUUUCAUUUCAACGACUAGAGAACCGAUGGGUGUUAAACAGCCCUCACAUGUUUUCUCAGCUCAGGCAUGUGCAGAUACUGCUCAUCGCAACUGAUGAAGACGCUGACAAAAUUCUCUACUUAGUUUCCUUUCUGAGGGCUGCUCCCUUUAUUGAAAAGCUUGAAGUACAUUUUCUUUGCCUUCCUACUUUGUGGUUUGCAAAUUGUGGGCCUUUGAGACAACAAAUACCCACGAAUGAAUACAAAUACGUGAAUCUGAAGAAUGUACGUGUUACAGGAUUUAGAGGAGCAAGAGGCCAAGUUGAAUUCCUUAUGCAUGUUGUGGAGAAUGCCCCUGCGAUACAAGGGGUGACUGUAGAUACAACUCAAAGACUAACUGACGCAUAUGAUCCAGAUGAAGCAACCCCAACACUAGAUAGGGCGGCCCUUGAUAUGAUUGGCACUAGAUACCAUCUAAGCACAUCGGCGCUCGGGCGUGGUGGCCGUGACCCCAGCAAGCGAUGUCCUCUUCAUCACCAGCCGGUCGAGGACAAUGCAAUCCACUCCCUCUCUUCCUACGGCUGCCGCACCGCGCCACUCAUGACCUGAGCACUGGAGAUCUGCAGCGUCCGGUGCUCUGGCUGCAAGGAGAUCCAUCUUUCAUGUCAUGUCUCCUUU